CCGGUGGAUAUCCGUAUUUUAUGUGUGGUUUAAUAAAAAAGAGAGCGGUAAUUUCAGUCUGGAAUGUUCGCGGUCAGCCCGUGAUGUGACCGGUGGGGUCCUGACAGUGGGGCUGUGUGUAGUUUAUCAUGGCGGCGAACAGCGCGAGCGGUAAAAGCGGCGGAAAGCAGUCCUCUCCGUCUGCUGAGCAGGUGGUGGCUACUUUCCAGAGGAUGCGACAGGAGCAGCGCAGCAUGGCCUCCAAGUCUGCAGAGUUUGAGAUGGAGAUCAAUGAACACAGCCUCGUCAUCGACACGCUGAAGGAAGUCGAUCCGUCGCGGAAGUGCUUUCGUUUAGUCGGCGGCGUGCUUGUGGAGAGGACUGUCAAAGAAGUCCUGCCUGCGCUAGAAAACAAUAAAGAACAGAUCACGAAGAUCGUGGAGUCGCUCAACACACAGAUGCAGGUGAAAGGACGGGAGCUGACGGAGUACCGCGAGCGCUACAACAUCCGACUGGUCGGAGAGGACGACAAACAGAGCAAAGCGGACGCCAGUCCAGCCAAAGAGAGUGAAGGGGGCUCUAAAGGAGGCGCUGGAGUGCUCGUCUCAAAGUUAAACACUGGGUUAAACUGAGCUGGCAUGUUUCUAUUCAGUCUGACAGAAGCCAGUCAGAAAGCACGAACGAUAGUGAAAGUAAUGCAUGUUUCGUACAUUCAUAAUAUCAAAACACAACUCACAACAACAGCUGUCCUAACCAAACACUUACAGACGAAUGCAUUGUUUCCAUUAUUUGCUUUUCGUUUCAGUUCAUUGCAAAUAAAUAGUCAACAAACGUGACUGCACAAAUUCACCGUAUUCAAGAUGAGGCUUGACUUUCACUUUCAUCAGCUUUGGGAAGAUGUCAUGUUUACUGAUUAAUAUUUGGAGUGAGACGACGGCUGUCUCGUAUCCU